AUGCGACACCGCUUUGAUGUCAACAUUGCUUUGAACAUCUUUCACUGCAUCAUCCAUUUCACUCAGCCUGUGCAGCAGACAAUUCAUAUGCCUUUUAGCAACAUCAUUACCGACUGGUUAGAGUCCAUGCAUAUAGAUGUAUCCCGAGGGAAACUAGAGCAUAUGACAGUUUUGUAUUCCCGAAUCUCUACACGGUCCUUCACUAAGACUGGUUUUGAGGCUAGGUCAGAUGGCAUACGAUGGAUUGACCGGCGUGCCCUUGGUGAGGGAUGGCGAGAUCGACCUCGGGGGGCGGGACAGGCGCCAGCUCCGGAGGUUGCUGAUCCUGAGGCGGAUGUUGAGGCACCUGCUUCUCCAGGGCCAUUCUACUACAAGGGAAUCUACCACCUUUUCUACCAGUACAACCCCUAUGGCUCCGUGUGGGGUAACAUCGUGUGGGGCCACUCGGUCUCCACCGAUCUGAUCAACUGGUACGCGCUCGACCCGGCAAUCUACCCGUCGAAGCCCUUCGACAUCUACGGAUGCUGGUCCGGCUCCGCCACCGUCCUCCCCGACGGCAUGCCGGUGAUCCUCUACACCGGCAUCGUCGACAACUUCAAGACCCAGGUCCAAAACAUCGCCUUCCCGGCCAAUUUAUCCGACCCCCUUCUCCGCGAGUGGGACAAGCCCGACUACAACCCCGUGAUCUCCUCCGAUCCGUCGAUCAGCGCCACCCAGUUCCGCGAUCCGACCACGGCGUGGCUCCACCCGGACAACAAGCACUGGAGCAUCGCGAUCGGGGGCACCAGGGAAGUGGGGCAGAGAGGGGUGGCGAUCUUGUACCGGAGCAAGGAUUUCGUGAACUGGACGAAGGCGAAGCACCCGCUGCACUCGAGCAAGGGGACGGGGAUGUGGGAGUGCCCGGACUUCUUCCCGGUGGCGGUCGGCGGGAGGGAAGGAAGGGACACGUCGGCGACCGGCCGCGGAGUGAAGCACGUGCUGAAGGUGAGCCUCGACCGGACGAGGUUCGAGUACUACACUCUGGGAACGUACUACCCUGCGCUGGACCGAUACCUUCCGGACCAGGCGUUGGUGGACGGCAGCGAUGGGUUGAGGUACGAUUACGGCAACUUCUACGCCUCGAAGACCUUCUUCGAUCCGGCGAAGAGGAGGAGGGUUUUGACUGGCUGGGCCAACGAGUCGGAUACCAUUGCCGAUGACGUCAGCAAAGGCUGGUCCGGAGUGAUCUUGGUUCCUAGAGAACUUUGGCUGGACGAGAACGGCCGGCAGCUGUUGCAGUGGCCGGUGGAGGAGUUCGAUCGGCUGAGAAGCAAGCACGUUUCUUUGGCGAAUCAGGUCGUGAAUCCCGGUGGCUUCUUCCGAGUAAACAACAUCGAUGCGGUUCAGGCGGAUGUGGAGGUUACAUUCGAGAUCAGCAGUUUGGAAAAAGCAGAGGAUUUCGACCCUUCGUACGUCGGAGAUGCCCAAGCUUACUGCGCCAGGCACGCCGCCGAUGUGAAGGGAGGAGUCGGCCCGUUCGGGCUUUACGUUCUCGCCGAUCCCGCUCUCGAAGAAAGAACCGCAGUGUUCUUCAAGGUCUUCAAGCACAAGAGGAAGCACGUUGUUCUCUUCUGCCAUGAUCCCACCAGGUCAACUAAAAGGGAGAACAUAUAUAAGCCGACUUUUGCUGGCUUUGUUGACGUUGACAUCGAUUCGUCUAAGACGAUCUCUCUUAGAAGCUUGAUCGAUCACUCGGUGGUGGAGAGCUUUGGCGCAGGAGGAAAAAUAUGCAUCACGUCCAGAGUUUAUCCGAGCUUGGCGAUCGGAAGAGAUGCCCAUCUGUUCGUGUUCAACAAUGGAGCAGUGGAUGUUAAGGUUUCGGAGCUGAAUGCAUGGGAGAUUAGGACGCCUUUCAUGAACAAGGAAAUCUGAUCAAAUAAAUCUCUAACGAAAAUACUUUUUUUUUUCUUUUAAAUUUGUUUUUAGUUUUAUUUUUAUUUUUGGCCGAUAACAGACUCUUGGAUAGAUAGAGCUGUUUAGAGUAUUUGGAGUUGAAUGUGUUUAAUAAAAUUCCGUCUAAUUAAUUUU